CUUUCGCUCUUGAUUCUUUCUACCACUGCGCUCAGACUUGCCAUAAGAUUUUCGUCUCCCAUUCUAUGAGGAGUACGUCUGAUCCUGAUAUCAAGCUUCUGAGAUUUCCAAACCGCGGUCACCUGCACAAUUACCGACAUUAUCCCGAGGAAACGGGCUGAUGACCAUUCUACGAACAUGGCGUAUUGCAUCUAAGUGCCGAGUCUUAUAUAUACCGAAGGCUCAAGUCUUCCCAUCCCUUCUAUUUUGCCAUGUUACGAUUCCUUCGAGCAUUUUUGUUUCCCUUUCUCUUGAUUUGGUGGACUGCUUUCUCUAAUGCUGCACUGGGUCCUCGGAUCCCAAACGGAUUUGUUACCACCCAUGGUCGAAACUUUGUACUUGACGAUGAGCAAUUUGCAUUUAUUGGAGCCAAUUCUUAUUGGCUUCCGCUUCUCACCGCAAAUGAGGACGUCGAGGCCACCUUCCAGGAAAUGGAAAAUGCUGAUGUCAAGGUGCUUCGAACAUGGGGAUUUAAUGCUAUCAACGGUUCUGAGCUAGCCGGCGCUCUGAAGUCUGGCCUUACUUAUUAUCAGGUGUGGAAUAGUUCUGAAUGGGUAUUGAACGAUGGACCACAGGGGCUGCAGCGUUUGGAUAAUGUCAUCAAUACGGCUGGAAAACAUGGAAUUAAAGUCAUACUGACCUUCACGAAUAAUUGGGUUGGCUAUGGUGGAUGCGAACUCUAUAUUAACUGGAUAACAGGAGCAUCCCAGACACACGAUGUUUUCUAUUCAGAUCCUCGUAUUAUUGCCUCUUAUCAACGCUACGUCAAGGUUCUCGUAGAAAGAUACAAGGACUCACCGAAUAUAUUUGCCUGGGAACUCAUGAAUGAAGCUAGAUGUCUGGGAGAUCUUCCUGGCGGUCCUAAUUGCGUUCCAACAAGUGGGCUCAUCAGUAGAUGGUACAAGCAACAAGCAGACUUUGUUCGAAGCCUUGACCCCUUCCAUAUGAUUACCACUGGCGGUGAAGGCCAGUUCAACUGGAGCAAGCCUAAAUACUAUUGGUAUAAUGGAAGUUUUCUUUCUGACUACAACUAUAAUGGGGAAGCCGGGGAAAACUUCGAUCUCGACCUGACUUUCGACAAUAUUGACUUCGGAACGUAUCAUAUGUACCCCCAGUCUUGGUAUACAGAACUGGACACACCGGGGUCCAAUUUCACCGUAAAGCAAUGGGGUCAUAAUUGGAUCAGCCAACAUUCAAACGCUAUACGUCAAGUCGAGAAGCCGCUGGUAUUGGAGGAAUUUGGUGUUACCGGAAUCGCCAAUAAAACAAACAUCUAUCCCGCAUGGGUAGACCUAGCAUUGAAAACGGGGCAUUCUAUCAUGCCUUGGCAGUGGGGUCAGCUGGAUCUAAUCGAAGGGAACCGUGUGAUUAAGUACACCGAUGAAAUUCUUGACGGUGCAUCGCCAAAUGAUGGUUAUGCGAUCUAUAAAAACCAAACCGAACUCUGGGACAUCUUCAAGAGUGCAGCAAAAGUACAAAACGCCCGGUCUUGGAUUAUGGAAUAGUAAAAGUGCUAUCGAGAAGUGCACGUUACAUAUGUCAAGGCUUGUCCUUCCUAACUGUCAUACGGCAAUAAUUUUAAACGUUUAACGUCAAUCCCUGUUCAUAAACUUGAUAGUGCCGCGAAAUUUAAUUAUCUUUGAUACAAGCUUGAAGA